ACGUAAAUCAUAAAUCGUCGCUUAACUGGUAGGGUAGUAUAGUAUAGAAGUACGACAUAGUUUACUAUUGUUGUGUGAUGACAGUCAAAGUUAGCACCGGUAUGUUAUGUGCGCAUAAAGUAGAUAAGCUGCCUGUUUUGCUGUGUGCGCGUCUUUUGUUGGCUGUGCUUCAGUCAUGCUGCUGCCGGGUCGAGCGCUCGGUAUGAGCAGAAUAAAAGUAUGCUAUGCUGCUACUCACCCUCUCGUGGAUUAGACAACAAUUGGCGACGAGCUGGACGUACGAUCCACCAUCUCCGGAAAGUAUUCUCACGGCAGUACAGUAACAACUUCGAGGGAUAUGGCAACACGCAUUGCUCAAUGCUAACAUACUGACCCAGGAUCGUCUGAGAUGAACGACAAUUGGGGAUAAGUACCCGGAGCAGAACAACCCCAAGGAACAGGACACAGACACCCAUGCACAAGCAAGUGUGAAAAACGAGGCUUCAUCUUCAGAAAACAGGUACCCCUCUCUGGCAUGUCCUCUGUCCUGACUGGGAACCCUCGAAGACGGCCUCUCUGAAGACCCCCGAAGACAGGCCCUCUGGGGGGACAAACACCAACAGUUUACUCCCCACGAAGGAAGAGGCGAGAGAUCCUUGUGUCCUUGAGUGAUCAAGUUCCAGCCCCUCGGAUUCACAACCUCAAGAGAUGCAGCUCUCACCAGAGUUCAGUGGUCAGAUCGUGAAAGUGAAAUCGGAACCACCCGAUUUUGCCUGCCUGCCAGAAGAGGGUCAGGUACAGCAACAGCAGUGCAACGAGCCUUCACCAGGAGGUGAUGCUGAUGCAGUGACAUCUGGUACGUGUCACAUUAAAGAAGAACGUCGAGAGGAAUCUUCCAAUGAACAUCCAAUCAUAGAAGUGAAGACAGAGCCUUACAAUGUUGCAAUCAUAACAGAGCUGGACCAGAUGACACGCAACUGUGAUUCAAUACCUGAAGACGCAAGAGGGAACACUGAUACGCUCCAUAUUAAGGACAAGCCUAAAGGCACUUGUUAUCAAGAAUACUCUAGUUGCGCUUCUUCAGGUGCACAGUUCAGCACAACAACAGUUGAACUGCAGCCCGACGGCACUGCACUAUUCACUAUGAAUGACCAACCCGCUGAGCGACAUCGAGACCAGAGCAAGCCACGUGAACUCGCAUGCAUGUCGAAUGCCAGCCUCGAAUGCCACAUGUUUGCAGAGUGUCACAAUGAGUCUGAAAAGUGUUCCACUCCUCCUCCGACGGAUAUACACAUGGGAGAGAAGGGUUCUGGGUGCAACAUCUAUCCCUCUGCAUUCUCGUGGUCACGAAGUGACGACAACCAUGUGGCGAAGCAUACUGAGAAGAGGCCAUACAAGUGCGAUGUCUGCCCUGCGGAGUUCAGUCAGGGCGGGCACCAACGGCAGCACAAGCGAGCACACACGGGCGAGAAGCCAUACAAGUGCGAUGUCUGCCCUGCGGAGUUCAGUCAGGGCGGGCACCUACGGCGGCACAAGCGAGCACACACGGGAGAGAAGCCAUACAAGUGCGAUAUCUGCCCUGCGGAGUUCAGUCAGGGCGGGCACCUACGGCAGCACAAGCGAGCACACACGGGAGAAAAGCCACACAAGUGCGAUGUCUGCCCUGCGGAAUUCAGUCAGGGCGCGAACCUACGGCAGCACAAGCGAGCACACACGGGAGAGAAGCCAUACAAGUGCGAUGUCUGCUCUGCGGAGUUCAGUUGGGGCGGAAACCUACGGCAGCACAAGCGAGCACACACGGGAGAGAAGCCAUACAAGUGCGAUGUCUGCUCUGCGGAGUUCAGUUGGGGCGGAAACCUACGGCAGCACAAGCGAGCACACACGGGAGAGAAGCCAUACAAGUGCGAUGUCUGCCCUGCGGAGUUCAGUUAUAGCGGGAACCUACGGCGGCACAAGCGAGCACACACGGGAGAGAAGCCAUACAAGUGCGAUGUCUGCCCUGCGGAGUUCAGUCAGGGCGGGCACCUACGGCAGCACAAGCGAGCACACACUGAAGAGAAGCCAUACAAGUGUGAUGUCUGCCCUGCGGAGUUCAGUUGGGGCGGAAACCUACGGCGGCAUAAGAGAGCACACACGGGGGAGAAGCCAUACAAGUGUGACGUUUGCCACGCAAAGUUUAGUUACAACGGGAAUCUACAGCAGCACAAGCGGACACACACGGCUGAGCAGCCAUAAAAUUGCAACCUCUGUCCUGCAGUGUUCAUCCACAACCCAAACUUGCGGUGUGAAACAUGUGCAGUCCCUGUCGUGUAGAAUAUCACAAGCAGACAGCCUGCAGUGAGAAACCACAAAGGAGCGUUCUCUGUUCUGCAAAGCUGAGGCACAGCACAAACCUGCAGUGAAACAAGAAGACCUACAUGGAUGUGAAGCCAUACAAGUGCAACCUCUGUGCUGUAGAGCACGAACGCACAAAGUUAGAGAAGCCGCUGCUAGAGCUAGUUCAGCCAGAGCAUGAACCUGUGACCUAACAUGCAGCCACGACACACUUGGGAUGGUGACCAUACAAGUGCUUAGAGGCCGCGUACACUUUAAAGUGCACCAGUCCUGGGCUGUCGCAUGUCCUUGAUGCAGACAUCUGGAGGAGCACAUGCUAAUGCACAGAUAGGCGAACGCUAUUCCGAUGCGAUCUGUAUUCCGCCGUAUUUUACUUGUGUUUCACAUUUUUGGAACUCUCACUCACGAAGAGGCAGAGGGUAAAAAGAGGUGGUGACACAUGUGAAACGUAAACAAACAAACAAACAAACAACAAAGUGACAGCCAUACAAUGGCUCUGAACUGCUAACCAGUGUUUACUUCCAUGAAAAACAUGCAUUGCAUUGCUUCCGUUUUGCCUCUGUGUUCCUUUCUUUAUUCCUUUCCUCUGUUUAUGAUGAAUGCUUCGUUUACGCCCUGCAUCUCCUCACCUGAUGACAUAAACGAAUAAGUCAACCCAAAGAAAUAAAAGAAUAUUUCUACAAGA